ACGUCACCAGCUGUGCUCCAGCCGGUCCCUUGACGUCAUCCCUCAGCGCCGGAAGCGAUGAGUUACAGCUAGAGUAACGUGAUCUUGUACAUCUCCGACGUCUGGAGAAUGGUGAUGCGGGUGUGCUGGUUGGUGAGACAGGACAGCCAGCACCAUCGAAUCAGACUUCCACAUUUGGAAGCAGUUGUGAUUGGGCGUGGUCCAGAGACCAAGAUCACUGAUAAGAAAUGUUCUCGACAGCAAGUACAGUUGAAAGCAGAGUGUAACAAGGGAUAUGUCAAGGUAAAGCAGGUAGGAGUCAAUCCCACCAGCAUUGACUCAGUCAUAAUUGGGAAGGACCAAGAGGUGAAGCUGCAGCCUGGACAGGUUCUCCACAUGGUGAAUGAACUUUAUCCAUAUAUUGUAGAGUUUGAGGAAGAGGCAAAGAACCCUGGUCUGGAAACACACAGAAAGAGAAAGAGAUCAGGCAGCAGUGAUUCUAUGGGAAGGGAUGCUGCCCAGGAAGCUGAGCCUAGUACAAGGAUGGAUCCUGGGAGCAACCCUAGCCAAUGCUCGGUGCCCCCAAAGAAGGGAAAAGAUUUACCUGUCAAAAAGGAAUCACUGGGCCACUGGAGUCAAGGCUUGAAGAUUUCUAUGCAGGACCCCAAAUUGCAGGUUUACAAAGAUGAGCAGGUGGUGGUGAUAAAGGAUAAAUACCCGAAGGCCCGUUACCAUUGGCUGGUCUUACCAUGGACCUCCAUUUCCAGUCUGAAGGCCGUGACCAGGGAACACCUUGAACUCCUCAAGCAUAUGCACACUGUGGGGGAAAAGGUGAUUGUAGAUAUUGCUGGGUCCAGCAAACUCCGCUUCCGAUUGGGUUACCACGCCAUUCCGAGUAUGAGCCAUGUACACCUUCAUGUGAUCAGCCAGGAUUUUGACUCUCCUUGCCUUAAAAACAAAAAACAUUGGAAUUCUUUCAAUACAGAAUACUUCCUAGAAUCACAAGCUGUGAUCGAGAUGGUACAAGAGGCUGGUAGAGUGACUGUCCGAGAUGGGAUGCCUGAGCUCUUGAGGCUGCCCCUUCGUUGUCAUGAGUGCCAGCAGAUGCUGCCUUCCAUUCCUCAGCUGAAAGAACAUCUCAGGAAGCACUGGACACAGUGACUCUGCAGAGCCUGAACUGCUGCUGCGAGUGUGGCUGAUUGGAGCAAACUGCUGGCACCUAUUCUGGGUUGCUUGUGAACUUCUACUCACUUCCUAAAUUAAAACUUGCAGCUGUUUCUCAACAUUUUUUCUAUUAUCGAGUGGCCACAAUGUAGAGUGGCUCAAAGUAGUUCAGGAAUUAGGAAUUUGGGUUUGUCGUAGAUGUAUUCUUUGGUGAGGAUGGAUGGGAUAUACCUAACUCACCAUCUUCAGGACCCAUGUCAGGUCUGUCCAGUGGAGCAAAACCAUGUUCACAUUGAUGUAAUGCAUAGUAUGGAAGGCAGUGGGCUGGUUAUAUAUUUCUGUUUCUUAGAUUUAUCCUCUACCUCUGUAGGCAUAGACACCCUUUAAGCAGAGCAGCUAGAGUGGCCUCUUGUUUAUCCUGAAGAUACUGAUGGGUCUUGUUUUCUGUUAGUCUUUUGUAAUAUUCUUUCCCCUUCCUUCAUGGGGAGGCUUAGUUUGUCCAGUCUUUCCAUGCCCUUCUAUCCAGAUCACCUAAAUGCUCCCUUCUCAGGAAUUCUGUCUCAUCAGUUCUUCACUGUGAGCAAAGAAGCCACAUGAGGGUGUGGGGGGUGGAGUUUUCUUCUAAAUCAAGGUUCCUGGCUGGUGAGGAAACACUCAGCCACAUGUUCAUUAUGAUUCAGCUAUGAAGUCGUCUUGGACCUGUUGUCUGAAAAUAAAGUUAAUUUGUUUGAGGCUCUCUCUUAAGUAGGUGAUAACUCGAAGUUCAGCUGACAAUCACAGCAGACAUUCCAAUGCAUGAAAAGGUGGUUGGUGAAUGAGAAAGUUGCACAGAGCCACUACUUUAUUUUUCCCUGAGAACAAGUUUGGGUGAAACA